AUCUGAUCAACUAUUCGUUUAUUUCGUACUUUGGCUCCUUGAACGGAAGUAUAUAGCUCGAAAUUUAAUGAGCGUCUUUUUAUUAAGACCUCUUGACCAAAAUGAAAUACUAGAUGUGGUGUGAUGCUUUAAUGGGCACGUGAUGGUUGAAGGUCAAAGAUGAAUUUCAUUUGCAAAACAAUGGCGUCUAUGAGGGAAUUACAUCAUUUAUAAAACUGGUUCCGUCAAGAAACACUCGACUGAGCAGCUCAAACUGAAACUAUCUGUGACGAAGAGGCUGAUAUCAACAACAGAAGAACAACACAACCACUCAAGCUGCGCAAGUAGACGUUUACAAAGGUUGAAAUUAUCGAAACUGAAUUUGUCGUCUACAGACAUCAGGCAUGUUGAGAACAAUCACCACAUCUACAAAUGGUGUUUUUUCUGGGAUUACUGGCCCGAUAUUUUUGGUCAUUAACAUAUACUUGAGGAUAUAUCUCUUAUGGGUUCGUGUUAGCACUUGGUUUCUGAAUCAUAUUUUGUCAUUUAUACUUGUGUGGUGGUUUGGACUUCAUGAUGUGGAAAUUACCAUCAGAGAGUUUGGAUUUUUAUCUGUUCAAGGUGUAAGAGUACUUUGGGAAGAUAACUCAGGACUGACAAUUGAAGAUAUAUCAUUAAAGAAAAUUGAAUGGAAUUUCCUAAAAGUUAGGGAUAUCACAAUUUUGUUUUCUGUAAAGGAUGUACACAGAGAAAUAUUUACUGAUACAGAGGAUACAACAACAGAUGUGUACACUUCCUUUACUCUUCACUGGAAGAUGCAUUCACCCAGUGACCUGAUCAGCAGUGACCUUCGCAAUUCCAGUGAGACUAUACCACCAUCCUUUACUUUGCUGCAUGCUACUGAUGUACAAAUUGGAAGCAGACUACAUGUACAUAGGGGAGGCUCCUAUGUUGCAAUGUUUGAGGCUGCUGUUGUGGAUGGGUUGUUGAUACCAUCAAAAGAGGCCACAUCAUUAUGUAUUAAAAUGAGGGAAAUAACAUACUGCUGUGGGCCUUAUGAUCCAGGGCUUGUACUGGCCAGAAGAGAAAAGAUCCUCAAGAUGCCACUUGUGGAUUUUUUAGGUACAUUUCACAAAUCAGGUCCAUCACAGGUUACAAUGAACUUUCAUGGGUUACAGAUAUUUGUCAGUCCUUGCAGAGUGAAUUCUUUAGUGGUGUAUUUCUACUCCUGGAUUUGUCAGCUUAAAGAAGCUUUGUCAUCUGAAUCAAAGGGUCGCGAUGAAACAGACAUUAAUCCUGACAAGUUAUUAGAGGUCAAUGUCAAGUCGGAUGAUUCGAAAGUUUCAGUUUGCUUUCAAGAUGGAGAUGAAGCAGUCAACAUCAUGGCGUCGUUCAAUCUCUCGCUCCUUAAGAGAACCAAGAAAACUCAGUAUAGAGCUUCCGUGGGAAUACAAGCCUAUGUCCCCAACUCAGAGGGGAAAAAAGAUCCCUAUGCCGUUAUUGGAAAUGAAUGGAUCUCAAAGCCUUGGGAAUGUUCUUUUAUUGGGAGUGAUUCCACAGGCCAUUCCAAAGUGGCAAGAAUAACAUCAGAUCAGAACUUUUCUGUAGUUCUCAGACCUGACUCCGUUCCAGUAUUACAGAAACUUCAAGAGGAGUAUGUCAGUAUGUUGGAUCUGAGUCGAAUGCGCGAUUUGUUCGGUUUGUUAAAGAAGGAGGCAGAAGAACAAUCCUCACCAAGUCAGGUUUUCAUAAGUCUCAGAGGAUUGAUAGUUUCUUUGGAAAGAGACGUCUACGAUGAACUUCUGAUUGUCAAUGUCGAUGACAUACGGCUUGAUUUUAACCGGGAUCAGCACCAUGUAACCGUGGAACUGAGUGUGAAAGACCUUGAGGUAGAGGAUUGCGCGGAUAAAAUCAUUGCUUUUCAACAAGAGCGUUCCAACGGUAUGAGUUCCCAGUCUCUUCUGCGGUUUUCAUUCCUGCAGGAUGCGAAGAAUGAAGCGGGGAGAGUAGUUGUAAAGAAACUUCGCUUGGAACUGGGCGAAUCGACAGUCACAUUUCAAGAGAAACUCAUUCUGAAACUUCUGAAAUUUGCUGGCAUCAAAACCAAGACCCAGUUGUGGGGCGAAGACACAAAAGCACAACAAGAAAACUCGAGCGAAAGUCCGUCCACUGCUGUCACAGCAAAGCCGUUUUAUUUCGAAAAGCUACAUGUGGAACCGUUUCGAGUUGUGGUGACUUGUAAUCCCGCCGUCGAGCUUUCAGAUGAUCUUCAGAGUUUGAAAACAAAGCUGGAGAUUCCUGCUGGUUUUCCACCAUUGAUGGAGAAUGCCAGCAUGCAAUUUGGAGAAUUUUUACGAACGGGUAUUACUUACAAGACAGCGGUUGCCCUUGGUCGAGACUUCAGGAGACAUUAUUUGAAGGAGAUUGGUCGUCAAUCCACCUCUCUUCUUGGCUCGCUCCAUCUCCUUGGUAACCUCUCCAGCUUGCAAGGCGAUAUUUCCGAUGGACUGGCCGAUCUGAGGGAGACUGGUGACUACUUUGGCUUCGUCAGACACGUGAGAGGUGGACUGGCUGAAUCCUACUACAAGUUCGCGGAUUCAUGGGGUGCGUGCAUCUCUCAGUCACAAUCGAACAGUCCCACUUUAAGUAGCUCCUCAUCUGGGAGCCGCUCCAGCUCAUCGAUGAAAUCUAUAGGUGGUGUUGUUGGGACGUUAACGAGCUUCCUCUACAGUCCUUCAAAAGAUACGGGUCAAGGAAAAUCGCAGGUCUCCAAUUCUUCGACAGCCUCGUCUGCAGAUACUCAACAGAGAGUACCGGCAGCGAGGAGACUGAUACCGAUUGAAUAUAACGAGGACCAUGAUUCUUCAGAAAGUGAGGAGAGCAGCUUGUCCUGCAUUCCGUCAGUGGAAGGGUGGGACAUGGUGCCGAAAGAUGCCCAAAGAAAACUAAAAGGGCAAGAGUUCUUAGAGAGGCUGACAGUUAGCUUGUUUGGUGAAGUCGAUAAGAAAGAAAAAUUUAUUAGCUGCUUGAGGCUUCGUUACAAGGAUCCGAAAGACAAACUAAAUGCCUUGGUAACGAGUCAGCGUGUGUACAUCAUGAAGGUUGGUUUACCAUCAGCUGAUCACGUGUUGCUUGCAUUUCAACUUGUCAACUUGUACAAAGCCAGGCACAGAGAUCAAGACGAAGAACAUUAUCUGGAAUUGUUGAUGCGAAUAUCGGGUGGGAAACGCCUGUCUCUCCCCUCCCCUAAUCCUGCCGACAACCCCCUGGUAAGAUGUGGCACCGUUAAGAUUGCACAGAAUGCAGCGAACGUCAUAAACGAGGCCAAGAGAUCAAGCGAGGAGGCUGAGUCGAGAUAGCAAGUCGACGUCGGUUGUUCAUAUGUAGGCAGCUUGAUUUCGGCUUUUAUCCGUUGUACGCCCAGAAGGGUAUUUAUUGAUUGGGUAGUUAGCUGAUGUAGGAAUCGCCUAAUUUUCGCUCGUUGACAGACUGAAGCUGUCAAGAUUACUCGGUAUAUCUCAUUUUCUUUGGCAAGUAUCAUCUGCUUUAGCAUCAAAUUAAGUCAACUAUUAUUCAUUUUUUUGGGUUCAAGGAUAAGUUUAAGGGGAGGGCAUAGAAUCUGUAGAAUAAUAUAUUUAUUUUUAAUGAAGGGUCAUUGGCAGCAUGGGUUUUGGUUAUCGACGGAGCUUUGUUGCAUUUCUUUUAUCUUUUUUUUGAGGAAAACUAGACACAUGCAGACUGUAAAUAGGGCGCGCAUGAUCACAGUAAUAAUGAUGAUAUUUACAACAAGAAUUAUGAUAAUAAUGAUAAUUAUCGAUGACGACCGUUAUGAUGAGACGACGGCGACGACAUUAUGAUACGAAGACGACGACACGGCGAUGAUGAUGAUGAUGAUGAUGAUGAUUAGGAUGAAAAUGAUAACAAUAAUAAUAUUACAUUCUAAAGAUAGAUAUUCUAAUAUAAGUUUACAGUAAACAGCAGAUAACAUGGUUUCAUAAAACAAUUGAAGAUUUCUAAUGAAUUUGGGGACAGACGGAUUUUUUUUCCAUUGUACUGUGACAUGUCUUGCAAAAUGUCAAGUCAGGUGUAUCGCAGUUCCUCUAGGAGAUGAAAUAAGCAAUACAAUUUUCUUUCCAAAGAUUUUAUAUAUCAAGAAUUAUUUUUGUGUGCAGAGUAUAUUUAAACAAAAUAGGUAUUCCAAAUGUAAGAUAAAUUAGUGAAAUUGAAUAUUAUACUAUUCGCUUGAGCGAUUUCAAUAUAAAAAGCGACCAGCUUAAUAUUGAUCUCAAUACUUCGAUAUUUAGAAAUAUGUAAGAAAUCAGUGAUGGAAAAAUCUCUUAAAAACAUGAGUCAUGAACGACAUGACAGAUCGGUUCAAUGGUUGUGGGGAAAAAUCGAUUACUAUAGUAUUAUGAGUUAAGAGGAGAAUUGAUCUUAACGGAGAAGGUUGUGUAAUUUUCAGGAUUGAUCUGUUAUUAUUUUCCAUGGUUGAUACUUCCGCCCACAAAGUUGCUUCAUUUGGCAAAUUACACUCUGGUUUACGGGAGUGACUUAACGUCAGGACGGAAAUCAUGGUAGUCAUUGUAAAGAAGUGUAAGUAAUGAAUGGACCAGUAGUUCUUUGUGGGGGUUCCAAUAAAUUUGACAUUUUAGAAUAAAAUGAAUUCUUCUACGA